AUGCAAAGUCCUAAGAAGUGUGAGUUGCUUGAUAGUAUGCCUGCUUAUGACACUUCUACUGUUGAUGCCAAAAUAAUGUAUGAAAACUGUCUCUCUCACGACUGCUUCACAAUUGCUAGAGAACGCUUGUCGUCAUCUGCUUUGUCCGAGCAAUCGCCUAAUCCUCCCGAUAAAGGAAUCCCGAUAAAAACUGAACAGGCUGACAUUCUGGAGAAUAGCGUAUUGUGCAAGAAGAUUCCUGUUAAUAGCGGCGAUUUCACCACAAUGGCUCCAGAAGUGAAGUGGACUCGCCUACUCACGCCUGAAUCUGGUAUGAACACUAUGGGUCUUGCUCUACAUGGCGUUCUCAGAUACGAUGCCCAGCCUUCACCGAAAAGUUGA